CCUACACACUCUCGCAUCCACCUCUGUCUUUCUCUCUCUCCCCAUCUCUUUUUCCCUCUCAGUCUACUUGUCUCUUUAUGUGUCCAUAUCUGUCUUACCAUGCCACUGCGCACGGAUUAAAGGAUCUAAACCGAAACUUUAUCGAGGAAAAACUUUUCAUACAUUGAUUUUAUUUCUCGAUCCGACUAUUCUCAUUCAUUCACUUCUUCAUUCAUUCAUUCAUUCAAACCAUCGCUCCCUAUCCGCACAGCCUGUGCUACCUAUCACCACCGUCAGUCUUUUUGAGCGGACAGUGUCAAGGAAAGAAGACAUCUGGAGCACGUGACUCUUUCCGGACUUCCAUUUAUUUAUUAAUUUGACGCGUUUAUUUAUUUAUUUAUCCAACUAUUUAUAUAUAGCAUACUCUGUUUAUUUAUUUUUGGUUGGAACUCCUGGGAUCCGAACAAAUAUGAAAUUGCUGGUUGACUCCUCAUCCUUGCUCCUGUCGCUGCUGUUGGCCCAGCUGCCAUUGUUUACAUCUGCAAAGCCGCUGCGAUACCCCGUCCAUAAUGACUUUGACAAGCUAACCAAUCAAACAAAACAUCUGCUGAAACUCACACAAGAUCUACUGAAAGAACACUCCCUUGACACGGAGAUUGAGAACCACAGAUUCAAGUCUCUCCCAUCCAUGGGCAACCGAGCAACAGAUCUCAGCUCACUAGAGCUGAAGCCCACUCUCUCCCAGCUCCAUGCCGACCUCAGGUCCUUCGAGCAUCACUUUGAUUGGCUGCACCGAAUCACACAGAAGCAUAAACACUCCUCCAUACCCAAACUCAUGGAAAUCAUUCACCAGAUCAAGAUCCUUAUGAACUCCCUCCAGCGACAGAUGGGCAGAAUGGAGGCUCCCCGGCUCCCCUUUCCCAAUCCCUCUAUGCCUCCACACCCAGCCUUCCACUGGGAGGUGGCCCAGUCCUCUAUAGAGCUCCUCCAGCAGUUCCGUCUCUUCUGUGACUGGGCAACAAGGGCAUUCCUCACCUUAAAGUCCAAGGUCCCAGCAUGAUGACGUCUCCACCGUCUCUAUCCAGCCACAAUAUCCACACUUUUUGCACCAGUUUCCAGUGUCCAGGUUAUGAAUGGCCAACGUCCUAAUAGCCAUCAGCCGUGUUCGGUCUACACAUACAUUUCCUGUAUCAGCAGUUGCUCAUCAAGUACACUGGUAUAGGUUAGAGUUCAUCUGAAGUACCACAACCACAUUGCAGCAAUUUACCCAAGUCCUGUGAUCUAACCAUGCCAGCACGCGGCAUGUCCCCAUUGAGGCCAUCAGUAGGCCACUGCCGUUGCCUUAUAUUCCUUGUCCUCCUCUUUUUCCUAUAAAUCUUUGAUCCUAUUUGUUAUUUAUAUAUUUAUUUAUUUAUUAUUGUUAGUUAUUUAUUUGGUGUCAUUAUUUAUUUGAUUUUGUGACAUGUUUUACAUUUGCUGUCUCUCCAUUCAUGCAUUAAUUAUUUUUUUAGACUUGUUCCUCUGUAUCUCGUUCCUGUGAUGCCUUUGCUUCAUAGGAUAACACAUUCCACGUAGCACUUGUGUAUCUUAAACUGUCAUAGUAAACUGAUUGUACUUACGUGUAAAGGGCAAGUCGGGGAGUUUGUUGUACCCCAAAAUGGAAUUCUUAGGAUACAAUAUUCUGCCACUAGAUGUAGCAAUAGUUGGGAGUUUGAUGACAGUGCCAUAUGCCUUUAAAAUGUGUAGAUAGAGUUGCAAAGCACUGACCUGUUUCAUCUUUUUUUUCUUUGCACAAAAUGUGUUGGGUUUGCAUCAAGAUGCAGUUUAAUUUCAAGAAACAUCAAACCGAAGCCUUAAAAUACUAUGUAUUGUGAUAUUGUGAGACUAUGGUACUGUACAGUGUACAUACCAGAAUGUAAAAUGUUGAAUACAAUGCAAAUGUCUAUUAUAUUGUAGUUUUCUAUGAUAUAAUUUCCAGUACUCCUAUCACUAUCACUAUCAUUGUGUCGCAAUAUCAAUAUUACUCUGUUUUUAGUAUUUUGAUACAGUAUUUUUAAUUUAUUAUAUUUUUUUCAAUAUUAUUUAUUUUCAUCACAAAGAAGCCAGCCUUCUUAAGUUUGUUUUAUACUUUUAUACUUAAACUUAUUAAAAUCUUUAUUGCUGCAAUCAUCUCUUCAUAUUGUUUUUUUUAAACUGAGGCUACAACAUCCAUCAGUGAAUGUU